AUGAAUCUCAAUUUAUUAUUUCCAGAAAAAUUGACAACUGGACUGUUUACGCACCUAUUAGUUCGCAUUGCCCGGCCAGACGAAGUAUUGCCCACUUCACCUCAGCUUCCUACCCCUCCUAGGUCCCCAGAGCCCCCUGAGGUCCCGGUAAAUGCUUCCUCCUCUGACUCCUCGUCGGUCUCUAUAUCUCGCCCGUCUAACAAUGCCAUCAUCACCACUUCGUCGACAGGAACAAUGACCACUGCUUCCGGAUCUGAAGCCUGCGAUAAUAUGACCACCUCUUCGCCUGCUGAUUAUCUCUCCUGUGUUCCGGUCGGUAGGGUAGCUCAAGUUGCAGCAGAGGCCGAGAGACGCAGCCGCUGUCUGAACUCCUGUAGUGGAGGCAGCAACUGUGGCUGUGGGGACUUAAUUUUAUGCGGUGGGCCAGUCGGCAUAAUGGCAUCUGGCCGUUUGUUAUGCUCAUCUGCUCUCGUAGACCGGCGGCGUGCUGAGAAUAUAGCAUCUGUUCUUGCAUCCGCUGAGGCGAAUGCAGCUCAUUCAGUGGCCGGGCAGACGGCGCUUCAUUUAGCUCGAACGGUAACUGGCUUUCUUUUAGCCUGCAAUCAUCAUGCCGCUUCGGCAGGCACACCCCCACAAUGCGGCUACCAACUUCACAAGAGUCUUCAGAAUCAAAAGUCAGCUGGAUACCUGUCGAAUGGAAUAGCGAAUAAGCCUGUUAACUGCUGCUCUUAUGGAUCCUACCAGUAUUACUAUAGCUUUCUGGUACCUGGGGCCCUGACGAGGCGAAGUCCACUGAUGAGGUGUCUAUCUCGGCAGCCUGGUCUAACUCGAUCUUUCACGGAGCAGGUGGUUCGGGCUUUCAAUAGAGGCAGUGAGUCAACCUCUUUUCCGUUCAAAUCUCGACCGUAUAUUUUUAUAUUCAUUUAA